GAUACAUUAUCAGUAUUGCGCGCGGCCAGCUGAGAGACGCGACUCAGUCGUUCUCGCGCCGCCUUUCCCCCUCACCGCGACCAGCUGGGGUUGCCAUGGUCUCCUGGAGCCACGGAACGUCGUGUCUCGAGGCCUUUUCGCUCCAUCGCAGGCAGACAGGCAGCGAACCUGCCACCAUGCUGGAGGUCGUCCCAUCCUCGCCACAGGUCCUGCUGCUCGUUGUCGUCCUGCUCUUCGUCGCAGCCAGGUUGCUCUUCACGGGAAAGGACAAGCGCCCGCCGCUUCCUCCUGGCCCGCGGCCACUGCCCCUCCUCGGGAACGCUCUCGAUUUUCCGAAGAGCCACCUGGGGCGCGAGUUCCGCAGUCUCUCAGAGAAAUACGGCGAUGUUGCUUAUCUGAGUGUCCUGGGGCAGUCUAUCAUCCUCGUGAACUCGUAUGACGCCGCAUGUGAGCUGCUCGAGAAGCGGUCGGGCAACUACUCCGACCGUCCGCAGUCCGCGAUGGUGAAGAUGACCAACCUGGACUGGAUAUUCGUGUUCAAGGAUUACGGCGCGGAGUGGCGCCGGUACCGCCGCGAGCUGCACGUCUCGUUCGUGCCGGAGAUGAUGACCCGCUACUUCGCCAUCCAGCGGCAAUAUACGCGCGGCCUCCUCCGCAACCUCCUCGAUACCCCUGCGGACUUCUCUGCACACAUUAAAUUUUCGUUCGCCGCGGUCGUCCUCCGCAUUGUCUAUGGGCUCGACCCCGAACAGGGCGAACGGAAGUACUAUAAGCUGGUGGAGAGGCUCGCGACGAUUGCCGAGGACAUCAGCACCCCUGGUCGGCAUAUUGUCGAGGCCUUCCCAAGCAUGCAGCGGCUCCCGUCCUGGUUCCCCGGCACCGGGUUCAUGCAACUUGCCGCAACCUGGAAAGCGGAGAUCGCGAGUAUCCGGGAUUAUCUGUACGACUCUGCUAAGGAGACCAUGGGUACCAGCGGCGUCAAAGAGUCGAUCAUCACAAGACUAACGGAAGAGCGCGUCGAAGACGAGCUAUCAAGGAAUGUGACCGCUACGAUUUAUGCUGCUGGUUCAGAUACGACUAACGCUGCGGUACACGCGUUUGUAUUGGCCAUGGCUAUGUUCCCAGAGGCGCAGCGUAAGGCGCAAGCGGAGCUAGACGCCGUCGUCGGACCUGACCGCCUGCCCGACUUUGCCGACCAAAAGUCACUGCCGUACGUGAGCGCACUCAUGAAGGAAGUACUACGGUGGCACGUCGUCGCCCCGAUCGGUGUGCCGCACCGUUCGACGGAGGCAGACGAGUACGGCGGGUAUUACCUCCCUGGUGGCUCACUCAUCAUCGUCAACCAAUGGGCAAUGUCCAGAGACCCAGCGUAUUUCCCAGACCCGGAGAAUUUCUACCCCGAACGGUUCCUGCUGAACGGGCAGCUAAAUCCGGCCAUCCGGGACCCCGCGAAAUUCGUGUUCGGCUUCGGUCGAAGGAUCUGUCCCGGUCUCCACUUCGCCGAGGCCGCCUUGUUCCUGAACUGCGCCUACAUCCUGCACACGCUGAACAUCACCCCGCCCCUCGAUUUACAUGGAAACCCGAAGAAGCUGGAGAUGAAGACCAAUAGCCUCGCCGUCUCACACCUACUACCGUUCGAGUGCCGGAUACUCGCCCGGAACGCCCACAUGAAGGAACUUGUACGAGGGAACAGUGCUUAACGCCUAAUGGCGCACAGACCUAUAUACCAUUGGAAAGCUUUACUGACGACACGUCUAUCGGGACACAAGGAAUAUACACCAGAACGACUGAUCCGC